GCAGAGGGCGGCAAGGGCGCACUGGCGCCCGGAUGAUGAAAAAGUGCUUUGUUGAGGUGUAGAUGUGGUGCCCCAGUACAGAGUUGGGGCUUCUGGGAAGGUUUCAGCCACUUGCCUGGGGGCUCUCAGGGCCAGAAGUCUGACAGUUCCCGCACCCCACCCCGACCUCAGGACUCAGCCGGCUCAGUUCGGGGAAGCUGCAGGAGUUCGGCGUGGGGGAUGGCAGCAAGCUGACGCUGGUGCCCACCGUGGAGGCGGGCCUCAUGUCGCAGGCCUCAAGGCCAGAGCAGUCUGUGAUGCAGGCCCUGGAGAGCUUGACAGAGACCCAGCCCCCAGUGGCGCCCGGGCCAGGCCGGGCUGGCGGAGGCGUCUUCCGGAAAUACCGAUUCAUUUUAUUUAAGCAUCCGUGGCACCGGCAGGGACCCCAGAACCCAGAGAGGGGCGGCGAGAGGCCCCAGGUCAGUGACUUCUUGUCCGGCCGCUCACCGCUGACCCUGGCGCUGCGCGUGGGUGACCACAUGAUGUUCGUCCAGCUGCAGCUCGCCGCCCAGCACGCCCCGCUGCAGCACCGCCACGUGCUGGCCGCCGCCGCUGCCGCCGCCGCCGCCCGGGGAGCCCCCAGCAUGACCGCCCCUGUGUCCUCUCCCUGCCGGCCAGUGUCCAGCACCGCCCGAGUCCCCCCGAUGCCCAGCAGCCCUGCCCCUGCGUCCCCCUCACCUGUCACAGCCGGCUCUUUCCGAUCCCACUCCGCUUCUGCCACCUGCCCUGAGCAGAUGGACUGCUCGCCCCCGGCCAGGGCUGGCAGCCCCGCGGCCACCCCGGGGGGGAGCCCCACCUCCCGCUCCCGCAAACCUGGCGCCGUCAUCGAGAGCUUCGUGAACCAUGCCCCGGGGGUCUUCUCAGGGACCUUCUCUGGCACGCUGCACCCCAACUGCCAAGACAGCAGCGGGCGGCCGCGGCGAGACAUCGGCACCAUCCUGCAGAUCCUCAACGACCUUCUGAGUGCCACGCGGCACUACCAGGGCAUGCCCCCCUCGCUGACCCAGCUGCGCUGCCAUGCACAGUGCACGUCUGCCUCGCCCGCCCCGGACCUCGCCCCCAAAACUACCUCCUGUGAGAAGCUGGCGGCUGCAGCCCCGGCCGCCCUGAGCCAGCCCCGCAUGUGCAAGCCCCUGGGGGACCGGCUGCGGCAGACGGAGAACCGGGCCACGCGCUGCAAGGUGGAGCGCCUGCAGCUGCUGCUGCAGCAGAAGCGGCUCCGCAGGAAGGCCCGGCGGGACGCCCGCGGCCCCUACCACUGGCCGCCUGGCCGCAAGGCGGGCCGCAGCGACAGCAGCGGGGGCGGGGGCGGCAGCGGCCCGAGCGAGGCCUCCGGCUUGGGCCUCGACUUUGAGGACUCCGUUUGGAAGCCGGAAGUCAACCCUGACAUUAAGUCAGAGUUCGUGGUGGCCUAGCAACCUCGCCCCUCGCCCGACCGACCGCCCCGGGCCCAGAGCCCCACCUCCCAGCGAGGCCUGCAGCGGGAGGCCCCUCCCUCCCCCCAGCUUCCUGAGUUUUUUGUUUUUCAGGGUUUUUCUCUUUCUUUCUUUCUUUUUUUUUUUAAUUUCCAUUCUUAACCAUGGUUUUCCGAACUCUCCAUGGACUUGGUUCCUGCCGCCUCGGUUCAGCUCACACUUCCCCGCCUCUUCCUGCCGUCGCGGCUCCCAGCCUAGGCCGAGCUGGGCCCUUCCCCGCCCACUUCCCAAGCUCCAGAUAUGUAGCAGUCACUCCAGAUGGUUGAGUGGGGACGAGGAAGCCGCCCCCGCCCCUUCAGGUUUAAGUCAAAAAUGUAGAUGCCUCAUGAUGCACUUUACAGACAGACAGACGGCGGCCGGGAGGGAAGGCCUGCCGCGCGCACCACAGCGGCCAGAGGGUCCUGCGCCCGCAGGGCCGUCUCUCCGUAUCUGUGCUUUUUUCUCUUGGUCUCUUUUUCCAGGAAAAAUAAAUAAAUAAGGCGCUUCAGCAGGCAGGCCCCAGCCUGCCUUGGGGUUCAGGUGCGGGUGUGGGGCCCUUUCCUAGUAGGAAAGGAGAGAGGGAGGGGACAGACCAGACGCCAGCCUUCGAGUCCACGCACUGUGCCAUUUCCUCCUGCCCCGCCCCCUUUUUGUUCUGAGCUUGGGGUAUUUAUAGACUAUUAAUUUUCUGAGCCAAUAGCGGUUGGGAGUCUCUUGAAAACUCGGGAGAGAAAUGGUUGGGGGGGACGGGAAAUACCCCUAGGCCUCCUUCCUGGCCCAACCUGAGGGAUCUGGGCCUGUGGGCUGUGUCUGGCAGCCUGGAGGGGAGGGGGUGCUGAGCUGUGAAGCCCCCAGUAGGGGUGACGCUGUGUAGCAUUAGCCCCCUUGGGGGGGGUUCGCUGCUGGUCUAAAUUGGACCCUCCCCACUCAUCCCCAGAUUCCCCCUGGAGCAGAGGGGCCAACCCCCUACUGGGGCCAUUUCAAUGGGGGUGGUCUUUGUUUAUUCACUAUUUUUACUGAUAAUGGAGAUGAUUGGGCCCUGCCCCCCCCCAGUCUUGUCCUUGCCCCACCUCUCUGUUCUCCAGACACCCCCUUCCCUGUCCCUCCAUUCAUCCUAUCUUAGGUGAACUCCCCCUUCUGUGUUUAAAGUUAAUGGUUUCAGAUGUGAACAUCACGUGUUAACUGUAGCUCUGUAAACUUUUUUGUGGGGGGUGGGGGGAGGGGCCAGAGGGUAGGGGUCAAGGAUUUGUUUUUUGUUUGUUUUCAUUUUCCAAAAAAAAAAAAAAGAAAAAAGGAGUGGGUUUGUUUUUCAAGAUCUGUCUUGGAUACCUAUUUAAGUGUGUUCUGUUUUGGGUUUUUUUUUUUAACGAUUUCUAAAUAACACCUGUGCCUCCGCGGGUCUGAGGGUGGAGGCCCCAGACAGGAACCAGCCCGCCCCCCUCUGCCCUCACCAGGGUUCCCCCAAGAAAGCAUUACCCGCCCUCUGGGGGGGUCGGGGUGCGGGGGGGGUCCCAGCACCUUGCGUGAGUUUCCUGUAUGAACACAAAGUUGGGAAGAAAACCGCAUACAAACGCCGUAUUUCAAGUAAUAAACAAAAUGAAACCUGA